AUGCCUUUCCAGCAGGCGGGGGCAGCUGAGGUGCUCAGAGCAGCCCAAAAAGAUGAAAGUUUCCUCAAUUACCUGAAGAGCUGCCUCUCAGACAUUGUUCAAAGAUCUUUUGGAACGAGAGUGUGGCUUGAUAUUCACAAAUAUGUCGAAGUUCUGUGUGAAUUAACGUAUUACAGCCUGACUACCCUAUCCCUGCGGCAGACACUAGGAGAGGAGUACACAGGUGUCUUACAAGUAGGCAGGAACAGGCAAAGACUUCCUAAUGCUCCAGAAAGAAUCAUGAUGGUGGCCCUGCAGUGCUUUGGGCCAGAAGUGAUACGAAGGCUGAUGGGGAAGUUGGAAGACUCGUUAAGAGCUGGCCACCUGUCGACCUACCUGAGGCCAGAGCUGAAGAACUUCCUUCUGCUGCAGAUGCCAGCCAUUAGGUAUUCGAUGACGCUGCUUCAUCGCAUCCACCUGGCUAUUUUCUACUUCAGCGGAGCCUUUUAUCACAUUUCCAAACGGAUGACAGGAGUGAAAUAUGUGUUAGUGCGAGAGUGGUUAGGCGACAGCAGUGCCCGCAAGUCCUUCCAAAUCCUGAGUAUGGUGCUUCUCACUCAUAUUUUCCUCACCACUGUGUAUUCUGCCUACACCUUUCUCUUCACCAAGACUGUGCCUGAGAAUAAGCAGUCUUCUGCAAAUUGUUAUGUAGAGAGCAAAGACCAGUGCUCCCUCUGCCUGGACAAGCGACAACAUUCCUCAAUAACCCCCUGCGGCCACCUGUUCUGCUGGCAGUGCAUCCAGGAGUGCUUGCAAACCAGCCAACAGUGUCCUCUCUGCAGGCAUCCUGCAAAACCCUCACAGAUUGUUGCUCUGCUCAAUUAUGAUUGAAUGUACAUACAGAUGAAGAUAUAUUGUCAUUAAUAUUAUGUUUUAUAAAUUUUUAAAUAUUUUUUAAAGUUGUGUAUGAAUAGGUCAUAUCUUUAGUAGGCUCUUAUAUGGAACUACCCAGGGUCACAAGGUCCUUUGUUUUUAUUAUUAGUUUUCAUGCAGACAUUGGUAAAUUACUGCACAAAAAGCACACACAAAUUCCAUUGUAAGUAAUUUUCAUUCUUUUACAUUGCAUUGGUUUUCUAUUUAUGUAUACUACCUGUCACUUGAAAGUUUACCUUUAAAGUGUGAAUGGCUCAAUUUGGAAAGCUAGUAUCCCCCCCCCCCUUUCCUUAGGGCACAGCACAGCAACUUUCCUACAUUUUCUAUCCUUGCUUCUCAAGUUUGCAGUGGUCAUUGAAAUGUGAUUUUUCUACUGGUGCCUUUAAACAAAUAUUGUGGCACUAAGAGUGAUGGGCCCCAAAGAAAACUAGUCGGGAUGAUAUAGUGAGAGUUAUUGAACUUCUUGAAGUAAGCUAGAAAAAACAGGAAAUUGUGCUGUUGCUCUGCAUCAUUGAAAAUGCUCAAGCUUAUGAAGGUUAAGAAGUAACCAGGUUCUAGAGUUGCCUUUGGUAAAUAACCUGAAAGUUCAUGUAGUUUGAAGCCAUUUGCACAUUCAGUUUUGGGGAAAACAUUUCACUGGCAGGUACAGUAUACAAAUAUAUGAAUGUUUCAUUCCCUUACUGUGAGUUAAACUUUUUGUUGUUAUACACACAGACAGACAGACAGACAGACAGACACACACACAGACACACACACACACACACACACACACACACACACACACACACACACACACACACACACACACACACACACACACACACAGA